AUGAGAGAAACAGCAAUCCCUCCCGAGGGCCGCCCGGGAAGCUGUGCAAGGCCCGCGGCGCCGAGGACGGAAGCGGGGGCGGGCGAGGCGCGCAGGUUCCGGGGCCGCCUCCUCCUCCUCCUCCUCCUCAGACGGAGCGCGAUGGCGGCGCGGCCGGGCCGGGCCGAGGCGGAGGCGGAGGCGGGCGCCUGCGAGGCCGAGGAGGAGGAGGAGGCCGCGGCGGAGGCCUCGGGUGCUGCUGCCGCGUCGCCGACCCGCCGCCUGGCGCCGCCGGCGUCCUGGCUGUCCGCGGAGGGCGGCCUGCCGUCGGGUCUGGGCCGCCGCUUCCCGGCGCUGGAGGUGCUGGACGUGAGCGGGACGGGGCUGGCGGCGCUGGGCGCGGAGCUGCUGGAGCUGCCGCGGCUGCACACGCUGCUGGCCAAGAACAACCGGCUGGGCGCCGAGGGCUCGCUGCCCAAGGGCCUGGCCGGCGCCCCGCUCGCCCGCAGCCUGCGCGUCCUCAACCUCAGCGGCAACCGCUUCACGCGAGUGCCGGGCGCGCUGCUGGGCCUGCGCCGCCUCCGGAGCCUCAGCCUGGGCAGCAACCGCCUCCAGGGCAUCCCGCCCGCCAUCCAGCAGCUCAGCAGUUUGGAGUUUUUGUACCUUGGAGGAAACUUCAUUACUUCGAUUCCACCAGAGUUGGCUAAUCUGCCUUUACUCAAUUACCUAGUCCUGUGUGACAACAAGAUACAGAGUAUUCCCCCUCAGUUGGCACAGUUGCAUUCCUUGCGCUCCCUUAGCCUCCACAAUAACCUGCUGACAUACCUUCCUCGGGAAAUCCUCAAUCUGGUUCAUCUUGAAGAAUUGAGCUUGCGUGGGAACCCAUUGGUUGUACGAUUUGUCCGUGACUUGACCUACAAUCCUCCAAGUCUCCAAGAACUGGCUGGACGCACCAUUAAAACCCGCAAUGUUCCCUAUGUUCCUAGUGACCUCCCUGGGAAUCUCCUCCGCUAUUUGAGCCUAGCCAGCAACUGCCCCAACCCUAAAUGUGGAGGAGUCUAUUUUGACAGCUGUGUCCGACAAAUCAAAUUUGUGGACUUCUGUGGGAAGUACCGCCUUCCUCUGAUGCACUACCUGUGUUCUCCCGAGUGCUCUUCCCCCUGCAGUUCUGCAUCUCAGAGUUCCACUUCCCAGAGUGAGUCCGAUUCAGAAGACGAAGCCAUUGUUGCAGCGCGCAGGAUGCAGAAAGUUCUUCUUGGCUAGGAGAAGGAAGGAAAAGACUAGAUGCGAAUCGUAUUAAGAAAAGCAGUUGUGGAGCUACAGUGUCUGGUGCUGCACAAGAGACAUCCUAGGAACCUUACCCUGACCUGUCUCCGCUUUGUGGCUCAUAGAAAUGUGGGGGGCCAAACAGAAUAGUUGGGGCCGUGUGUCCUGAGAGGCUAAAGUUACUUGGUGCAUUUGGGUGGAAAUUGACACAGGAACCUUUGAAGGUAAUGCUAUUGGGGAAAUAAUUCU